UUGAAUGAAAGCAGUUGAAUCUUGAUAAGCAAUAAUUCAGAAAGGUUUAAGGUUUAAGGAGGGAGAGAGAGAGAUGCCAACUCUGACGAAACUCUUCAGUAUGGAAGAAGCUGCUCAGCACAACACCAAAGAUGAUUGUUGGGUAGUCAUUGAUGGCAAGGUGUAUGACGUGUCAUCUUAUCUCGACGAUCAUCCCGGUGGAGAUGACGUGCUUCUAUCUGCAACUGGGAAAGACGCAAAAGAAGAAUUUGAAGAUGCUGGACAUAGUCAAGAUGCGAGGGAUGAAAUGGAGAAGUAUUUUGUUGGGGAACUAAUCCCAUCUGAUGAAACUACUCCUGAACCUGUGCAAGAAAAAGUGGGUACCAUUCAGAAGAUCAAGGAUUUGUCUCUGCAAUACUGGGCAGCUCCUGUUGCAAUCAUUGGCAUCUCCAUUGUAGUUGGCUUCCUUUACUUGCGUAAGAAGUAGGGGGGGAACUCAUAGAAGAAGGCGGGGGCAAAUAGAACAAGCAUCGUUCAUCAAACAACUCAAAACUACCUUUACAAACAAUGAGUGAGGAGGAUAGCUUAGCAAUUUUGACACAUAAUUUAAGCACUUGGAAUUGUAGUUUUUUCAUUCAUGGACAAUAGUAAAUCCUGAUAUAUUUCUGGAAACAGGAUUUUCUGUCCGAGCUACAGAUUACUCUUAUAGAGUAUGUCUGGAGAAAUGAUUAUUCCAAUGAGAUUUCAAUUAUCUUGCACUA